GACACAGACCGGACUUCACCGCCGAAUCUGUGACGAAGAACGCGCAGGUGCGCAGCGCCCACUUCGGGGAGGACGACUACGACCCCAGCGACCCGGCGGAGCUGCGGAUGGGAACCAGAACCGAGGCUGACAACAAACGCGGCUCCUUCGAUUCACCACGAAGCUUCUUCAGGUGAACUUGUCGCUGCAGCGUGUGACUCCGGUGCUUCGCGGAAACACGACCUGAGCCCAGAAAGAAUGGCGGAUUUGGGCAGCGCUUCGUUCUCCGGGACAACACUGAAAAACACAGUCGACGAGGGCGAAGGUUUCUCUCUUUGUGGAAAAGCAGUUGUAGCUGAAGCUGAUCUGAGAGAUGAGUACUAUUGGAAGCUUGUUGCAGAUUUCAUCGGUCCUCAGUCGGGGGAAGGAUUGGAGCUUGAACAGACGACAUGCAAGAACAGACUUCUGAUUCAAGUGGGACUCAUGAGAGAGGAGAAUAAUUUUCCUUGGCUUGCCAUUGUUAACUGGCUCAAAAACAUUUUCCCGAGGCACCAUUCAGCUGAUUUUCGUCGGCUAAUUGAAAGAGGCAUUGCGACAACUUUGAGUCUGGGAAUUGUAGCGAGACUGACCUUCAUGGCAUCAGAUGUCAAUUUUAACUUUGUCGGCCCCAUAUGCGACAGCAUUGGCGUUGAACGACCACAUCUUUUGGAAAUGAGGGAUUUUUCAGAGCGAGCGCAAUCGAUUGAAGUCACAAAUGGAUUGAUUCUUGAGCUGAGCAACUUUGUCACGAGGGAGAAGCUCGCCCCAGUCAUCAUAGUAACCUGGCUUAGAAACUUCAACCCUGAGUUUUGCAAGAAUGGGAAUAUUCAAAGUGCUUAUAAAAUCCUUAAAUCCAAGAUAAAAAAGGUGAAAUUUUGUUACCGCAAUUAUGAAACAAGAAGUCACAGGAGGAACGCAGCGAUGGAGAAUCUGCUUCAAAGUCCAUUUGAACUGGUGCCCAAAAAAGCACCUAUAAUUGUUUCAAGGAAACGCAUGAGAAGAGAUUACAAUCAUGAAAAAGUUAAAAUCAAGGAAGAAUACGAGAGCUUUGAAAUCAUGCCAGGCGAAGGUUCUGAGAUGAACCGAGGGGUCGUGAAGAAAGUAAUAGUGAAGGAACACGUCUCUUUACGAGAAGAAAGUGAUGAGAAUUUGGAAGAAUCCAGCAGUGGAGAGGAAAUCUUCGACAGCCGGAGGCCCCUGACGCUGCUCGACAUCACAAUGAUGUCUGUUCACAAGCUGUCAAGAGUGGAUGGUGGGAAAACUGCAGAAUGCAAAAAAGUUUCCUUGGACCUCCUCAAAAAUCACUUCACUCUUGCAUGCAAGGUGCAGCCAGCCAUGGCCGAGUUUGUGAACAAAGUCAAUUCGCUCAGUGAGGCGAUCUCACUGGUUUCUCCUGUGAACUUUAUACACUACAACGCCAAUUUCCUUGUUGAUGUACAUGAUGCAGUUGAGCAGCACAUUUUGAACUUUGAAAAAGAGAUCACUCUCUCAGCAGGAGAGAAGCUAGGCCGUGACAAGCUUCCAAAGUUCAAGGGUUUUGUGAAUCUACAAGAAAGUGCCACCUCACGCUACAUCCACAUGGCUAGUGAUAUCCUUAGCCCUCGAAACACUGAUUGGCAGAACUCCCAAAAACACUGGAUCGCCUUCUGUGAGGAAAAGAACAACCCGUCCAAACUCACAGCAAAUCAGUCGAACAAAUUCAACAACUACUUUGAAGCUGCAGCGGGUCUCAUUCACCAUCACAAAGAGGUUGCUCCCUUCUUCUCUGAUGUGCUGUCACUGAACAACGAUGAUUACUCAAACGUCAUUCUUGAGAGCGUUGCCGCUGACGCUAGUGAUUCCAUGAUUCAGAGCCUUGUGUGCGUUCUGGCCAUCAUUUACUGCAAAAUCCUCGGUCCGUACUGGCAGCUUAUGAAAAGUGGAGGCGAGUUCUCACUCUUUGGCCAGUACAUGCUCCGUCUUUACCAAAGGUUCCUUGAUUGGUCCAAAGAUCCUUCAACUCUGCUGGAGCCUGAAGAGAUUACAAACGUUUUUCUACAAUGCCCAUCGCAAGAGAAAACCUUUGAUGGUGUGUUUCAUUACUGUGGUCAGUGGCACACAAAUCGGGACCUGAUCAAAGCUUGCUUGAAGAGGGCGGUAAAGGUAAUUGCAGGCGUUACUGAGGAACACCUGAAGGAUUUCCUGCCAGGAGGAAAAUUUUCCCAACUCCCUUCACCAGAUUUAAGCCUGCAACUGGCGAGUUGCACGUUCUCCGUCCUGAUGGAGAAAUAUCCCGUCUGCCAUACGUACUCUUACAAGAAGAAAAGAUCUGACAAGUCCCCGAAACACUCUGCACAGAAGAGCUUGACAUUGGACAGCUCUCAGGAGGAAGAAGGCCGGUCUGGUUCCUUGGAUUACAGCUCUGAUGAAUCUUGCGGUGGGAAAGCUAAAAAGAAUACACAGUCUAGCCAACAAGAUGACGGUAGCAGCAUUAAAAGAGAAAGGUCAGUGAGAGUACAGGAAGAGACAGAGGAGAACAUGGACAGUAAUUACAUAACGUCCACAGUGAGGAGGAACGGAGGGCCGUGCAUGACGCAGCAAGACGUCGACAAAAUGAUGCUGCGCUUUGAUGGAAAACCCCGGCUGGAGAAACGAGAAGCGAUUCGUUGUGAGAUACUGUACCAGAAGAUGAUUCUCAACAACACCAGCCCACACUUGAACAGCAUUUUCCACAACUCCACAGAGAUGGUGCUGAAGCUGAAGCUUGCACUUCCACGACUUAAACCUGGGUUCUCUCUGGUUUUGGCUCCUAAAAAGACAAAACCAAAGAAGGUGUUCUGUGAACCGAGUGCAGCUGCAACUGAGCAGAAAGAAAGCAGCAGCACGGGCAGAACGUGAGGGACAGUGGCUGUUGAAUGACCCCUGCAGAAAUACACACUGUUCACUGCUCAGUAUUUCAACAUAAUACAGGAUAGACUCGUGUUCAUCAUUCUGACUGUGUCAGAUGAAGCUGUCAUGUUGAGCUGUACACCGGUGAGCUCAUGUUUGUUUGCUUGUUGCCUUUGCUAACGACACAGAAAAAAGGAUGUUAUAUUUUCUGUGGAAGACAAACAAACUGCAGCUGCCUCUUAAAACACAAACUGAGAGAUUUCAUGUGAUGGGUCUUUUUAGAUGCCAGGCUUGUUUGAUGCCAUUAGAGGGAAAUCUUGUUAGAUUUAUUACUUCUUUUCCUGAUAUCAGUGAAGAUUUUACCUAUUGUGAUCAUGCAGAGAUCAGUCAGUCACUACUGUUGACUUAAAAGAUGUUUAAUCAAUGAAUCGCUGUCUUUGUUUAUAUAUAUAUAUAGCAUAUAUAUCAACCUUUGUGAUAAAGUAGAAACGGUUAAACAACAGUCUAAUCAUUGAGAGUUAAAUGUUACAAAACAGCCUCAGCUUUAUUUUCACUUGUGUAUUGACCCAGCAUUUCUUCGGUCACAUCGUUACCAUGAGUUCCUCGGGGCACAAAGGGCAUUUGUGGUUGCAUCACAUACAGCAGCGAUGUCAGUGAGUUCAUGCUUAUAGAAGCUUUGACUGGGAGGGCCUGAAGAAAAUGAGGUGGUAAUAAAGAGAUUCAUGGGGUCAUUGUGCCAGAAUGUUUUUAUUUGAAUUCAUUUUUAACUAUAAUCCCAAAAGAAGGGCUCCAGACCUCUGUAUAUGCGGUCUAUGCUGCAGACCUCUGUAUAUACAGUCUAUGCUGCAGACCUCUGUAUAUACAGUCUAUGCUGCAGACCUCUGUAUAUACAGUCUAUGCUGCAGACCUCUGUCUGAUGUUUUGGGAGAUCAAACAACU